GGUUCGUGUUUUUUCCAGCUCAAAUACGAAAUGAGUAGUAAUGUGCGCCGCCGGGGCGGCGACAUUGACAGCGAUUUGUCGAAUAUUCUCGUUCGCCAUUUUGUAAAUGCUAUUGAAUUUCGUGUUAAGUAAUCAAAGCCAACACAUCCCGGAGAGAUUAAAAUUUAACGAGAAGAGAUGUCUGAAAAGUCUUUGAUGAGAAAUACAGUAUUAAAGCGUCAUGAAGUUGCAAGACCUAUUCACAUUCAGAGACUGGAGGCCGCCUUAGAUAUCAGGCCAUUCGUGAACCAAGUGGAAAGGAUACUCAACUCUGAUGGAGACAGUGAUAGCGAUGAUGAUUCUGAUGGCAAAUCUAUGGUCAAUGAGAUGUCCAAAGGCGAUCAGGACAUGCAUGGUGUUGUGACUACAAAACAGGAAAGGCAGAGUGAUCGCUUAAGAUUAUAUAACUUGGCGUCUGUUGGUGAAGAAAGGCAAUGGCUUCGAGAUGUGUUAUUGUCGUCAGAGUCAGAAAUAAGUAGCGAUGACGACAGUCCAGCAGCAAAAGAGCAAAGAAUACGAAGGUUGCUUAAAGAAAGACAUUUUCAUAACAAAUAUGCUAAGGAGUAUUAUAAGGAUCAAGGGAAUUCUAGAUACAUGUACUAUGGUGCUGGAUUACUUUCAACGAUAGACCGUUACCCUGAACGUCGAGUCAGCCGCCCAGUACCUGCCCCUUCUAGUAGAGGUCGCAGAGGGCGACCAUCUGAAAGAGGGUCAGCAAGAGGCAUGCCAAAAGCCAAGAGAGGUCGUGUUAGAGAAAGUCGAGGCUUCAACGAUGCAAGUGAUGCGCCAGAUGGUGUUGAUUGGGAAGAUCAGCUCCGAAAUAUCAAGGAAGAGAAUGAUACUGAUGAAUUCACAAUUGCUGAAAAACCAGGGGUCAGAGGUCGUAAAAAACUCUCAUCGCUCAAAAGUCCCGAGGCUUUAACGGCUAGACGAAGGCGACAUUGGCAACUUCUAGUUAAGAAAGAAUUGGGGAAAGUGCAAAGAGCUAGGACGGCGACACAUCGAGAAUUGAUGUUACAAAGAAAACGUUUGGCUACACUUUGUUGUAAACAUUGGAGGCAUGUAGCAAUGCAGUCCCAGAAGAACAUGAAGGAGACGGUGUGGCGCUGCAAGCGCCUGAGCCGCGAGAUGCAGGCCUACUGGCGGCGCUACGACCGCGCCGAGCGCGAGACGCGGCGCCGCCUCGAGCGCGAGGCCGAGGAGCAGCGCAAGAUGGAUGUAGAGUUAAUGGAAGCGAAACGGCAACGUCGCAAGCUAAAUUUUCUCAUAACACAAACGGAGUUGUACGCCCACUUCAUGCAACGGAAAUUGAAUGCAGCGGACGAUGAUAGCGAUGCUGAUAUGAUAUUGAAACAGUUAGAUGAAGAUCGAGAUCCACGGCUCGCCGCUAUCGAUAAUUAUGACAGCGAGGCGAUGAAGGCGCGCGCGCGCCACAACGCGCGCUCGGCCGUGCAGGCGGAGCGCGCGCGCGCCGCGCCGCUGGACGGCGGCGAGCGGCGCGGCGACCACGACCAGCCCGCCAUCUUCCGCGGCACGCUCAAGGGCUACCAGCUCAAGGGCAUGAACUGGCUCGCCAACCUCUACGACCAGGGAAUCAGCGGCAUCCUGGCGGACGAGAUGGGGCUGGGCAAGACGGUGCAGUGCAUCGCGUUCCUGUGCCACGUGGCCGAGCGGCUGGGCGUGUGGGGGCCCUUCCUCGUCGUGUCGCCCGCCUCCACGCUGCACAACUGGCAGCAGGAGAUGCAGCGCUUCGUGCCCGACUUCAAAGUUGUACCAUACUGGGGUAGUCCGAGCGAGCGUAAAAUCCUUCGUCAGUUCUGGGAACGUAAAGACCUUCACACACGCCAGGCAGCCUUUCACGUUGUCGUUACUUCGUAUCAAAUAGUCGUAUCUGACUUGAAGUACCUGAACCGAGUGUCAUGGCAGUACAUGAUAUUGGAUGAGGCUCAAGCUAUAAAGAGUUCGGCUAGUAUGAGAUGGAAAUUGUUGCUCGGGUUUAGCUGUAGGAAUCGGCUUUUAUUGUCAGGUACCCCUAUCCAGAACAGUAUGGCGGAACUGUGGGCUCUAUUGCACUUCAUAAUGCCGACUUUGUUCGAUUCUCACGAUGAGUUCAACGAGUGGUUCUCUAAGGAUAUCGAGAGUCACGCCGAAAAUAAGACAACCAUUGAUGAGAAACAUUUAUCAAGAUUACAUAUGAUAUUAAAGCCGUUUAUGUUGCGCCGCAUUAAGAAGGAUGUGGAAAAUGAGUUGUCAGACAAGAUUGAAAUUAUGGUUCACUGCCCUUUAACUAUAAGACAGAAAUUAUUGUAUAUAGCUCUUAAGAAAAAAAUUAAAAUAGAAGAAUUGUUACAUUACUCGGUCGGAGCAGAAUCAGGUCACAAUGUAGAUAAAAACUUCACAUCGAAUCUCAUGAACUUAGUUAUGCAAUUUAGAAAGGUAUGUAAUCAUCCAGAGUUAUUUGAAAGGCGAGAUGUGAGAUCGCCUUUCGCUAUGCUAGUCGACGAUUAUCACAUACCAAAGUUAAUAGCUGAAGAUGGCAUACUACUGAGAUCUAUACCAUCGAAACGGCAUCUAUUAUACAAUAAAUUAUCAAUAUUAAAUCCUGAAUAUGUACAUAGAAGUUAUGAGAGUGAAGAUUGUUUUGCAUUUACAAGGUUUAUGGAUCUGUCACCGAUGGAAAUUUAUAGGGUGAUGGUGUGUGGUUGGUUGCACGCUAUGCUUCACAUAGAAGACUGUAUAGAAAAAUACGAGAAGCUCCGACAUAGACAGAAUUGGUGGCGAAGAGUCGAAGAGAGUUGCGUAAAACAAGAAGAGAGUGAGACAGAAAUAUAUGGAGAUUACUAUGACAGAGUGAAUAGCAAACAUAUGUUGUUAGUGUGUCCUGAUGGCGAUAUAUUGAAACGGAGAAAACAUGACAGUCAGCUUUGGAAGGACUUUUUAUUCACAGAUCCACUUUGGGUGGAGGGCGGUCCAUUCUAUAUGCACACAGAUCAAAUAAUACAUUACAUGCAGGAGACAAUUGAACACAGAGCCAUGCGAACAAAGAACUUAAAGACUGAAGGACAGUCUGAAAUGUUGAGCGAGAUAAAGACGGAGGAGGGCGGCGUGAUGCCGGUGGUGGCGCAGCCGGCGGAGCUGCCGGAGUUCGAGCACGUGGAGCGGGCGCCCGCGCUGCGCCGCGACGUGCCCACGGCGCUGCCCGCCUUCUUGUUCACGGCGCAGCAGAAGGUGAGCGCGUUCACCCGUGCUCCGUUUGCGUCGUCGCGGAGUUUCGCGCACGCGGUGCGGCGGCACGAGCACGGCGAGUGCGCACGCGGUGCGAGCACGCUGGCGCGCCUGCUGGCCGCCGCGCGCCCGCCCGCCGGCUGGGCCUCGCUGCAGGUGCCAGAUAAGAACCAACUAGUGAGCGACGCGGGGAAGCUGACAGUGUUAGACUCAUUAUUGAAGAGACUGAAGGAGCGCGGACAUCGUGUACUUAUAUACAGCCAGAUGACCAAGAUGAUUGAUUUAUUAGAAGAAUACAUGUGGCAUCGUAAACACAAAUACAUGCGGUUAGAUGGUUCGAGCAAAAUCUCAGCUCGACGAGAUAUGGUUGCAGAUUUUCAGGCCCGUGCUGACAUCUUCGUGUUCCUGCUGUCUACACGCGCUGGCGGCCUCGGUAUUAACCUAACCGCUGCAGAUACGGUAAUAUUUUACGACUCCGACUGGAACCCCACAGUGGACCAGCAAGCGAUGGACCGAGCACAUCGCUUGGGGCAGACGAAGCAAGUCACUGUAUAUAGACUUAUUUGUAAAGGAACUAUUGAAGAACGUAUCAUGCAGAGAGCUAGGGAAAAGAGUGAGAUUCAAAGGAUGGUCAUCAGUGGUGGUAACUUCAAGCCAGAUACUCUGAAACCUAAAGAAGUUGUCUCUCUUUUAUUAGACGAUGAAGAAAUUGAGCUUAAAUAUCGCCAAAAAUCAGAAGAAAAGAAAAUGAUGGAAGAAAGGGAACGUAAGAGGAAAUUAGGAAUUUUACCAUCGGCGGUCGCAAGCGAGGCGAAGCGCCCUCGCGAGUCGGCGUCGGAGCCGGGCAGUCCUCUGCAAGUGGACGAUGACAGCGACCACCUCGUCGUCGACGCCGAACCACAGCCGUUGCCAAACGGUCCCCCCCCCGCAGCGUUCCCCCCGCCGGCGCGGCGCGCGGCCCGCGGCGCGCGGCGCGGCCGGCCCCGCGGCUCGCGGCACGCGCUCUCGUCGCGCCCGCCCGCCGACAACGCGUCCGCCGUCGCCGCGGGUGCAGCACUGCUCGAGUCAGACGCGCCCCUGGAGGCCCUCGAGGCGCCGGCGGGCGGGGAGGCGCGGGGGCGACGCGGGCCGGGGCGGCCCCGCCUGCGCGCCGCGCGCCCCUCGCGCCCCACUCGGCGAGCGCGCCGGCCCCGGGAGCCCCUGCUCGUGCCCCUGGCGCCCCCGCCCUAGCGCCGCGCCCCGCCCCACUGUCGGGAGGAAAUAGUGAAAUGAAUUACUUAAAAAACUGACGUGGCUUAUUCGAGAUAACCCACCUACAAUGAGAUUGUAUUAAAUAUUGUGUAAUAUAAUAUAAUUACAGUCAAAUCUUUACGCAUAUGUAUAUUGUACAUCUUAGUAUAAUAUAUAUAUACACGUCCUAAAAUGUUUUUACUUACAAAGUAUUAAGUGCAAAGUUUAUAAAACUUUUAACAGUUUAUUAUUUACAAAUCGAGUCAUCAGAGUCAGUAUAAACAUUAUAUGAAUGAAGUAUUUUAUUUUCUUUUGUAAAUUUGUCAUGUAACUUUGAUUAAAAAAAAAUCUUAUUUAUAUUUAUUUUAAAUCAUAUCUGAGCCAAUGAUGGCGAUGCAUUAUUUUACGAAUAAAAAAACGUUUUUUGUUUCAAAUGUAACAGAAAGUUCAAUCAUUUUGUAAACUCAAUAUGAAAAUGUGAUUAAAUUAUUGCAUACUAAAAGAA